AUGUUUGUGCGGGUUCAGCCGCACACGCGGUGCCUCAACGGCCAAACCACAACCACCACCACACUGCGUGAGUUUCCGCUUUUUCUCUCCUCGUAUCUGUUCUUUCCACCGCAUACUGUUCCCGCGUUGUUGUUGCCCUUCCCACAACAACAACAACGGCGACCACGAACGCCAGCAACGACAUCAGCCACGUCCACGCCACACACCUGCAACGCCUCGAGCCAUCCAUCCACCUGUGUCGAGAGCCUUAGUUAA